GCUUUGACUCAACGAGCCAUAUAAAAGAUGCAAACGCGACACUUGGAGACAUAGUUCAGUGCAAGAGCCCCAAGUGAAGUCAACUACCAAGCCAGCACAAACGAAAUCCAAACACAAAUUCCAAGCCAAAAUGUUCGCUCUUUUGUCUCUGUUCAUCCUGGGUGUGGGCGCUGUCGCUGCAAUCGAGCUGCCACUGAGCCCCAUCUACCACUCCCCGGGACUUGUCAAGCCCCUGCUGAAGGCUGUCGAGGUUGAGGCGCCUGCCCACUAUGACUUUGCCUAUUCGGUGCACGACGAGCACACUGGCGACAUCAAGAGCCAGACGGAGUCCCGCAAGGGCGAUCAAGUGCAGGGCCAAUACACGCUGAUCGAUGCUGAUGGAUAUCUGCGCACUGUGGACUACACCUCGGAUGCCCACAAUGGUUUCAAUGCCGUCGUCCGUCGGGAUCCUUUGGGCCACAAGGUGCUUAAGGCUGCGCCCAUUGCUAAGGUUCUGUCUCCGCUGCCCCUGGCCUAUGGGGCACCAAAGCUGCUUGCCGCACCCAAACUGCCGCUCGGCCUGUACCACUAAGGCGGGAGAGACAGUUGGAUUGGGGAGACAGAGAGAGAUAUCAAACACUGAUUUCAUUGCAUCGACGACGACGACCACCCAUCCGCAUCCAGCAGCUGCAUCUAACCUGA